GGAACUGGAACUGGAACUGGAACUCGAACUGGAACUCGAAGUGGAACCGGAAGUGGAAGUGGAAGUGGCACUUGAACUCGAAUCUAAGCUUUUACUGAACAGAGCUUGAAUUAGAGCUCUGCCUCUACCUUGUCUCGCAUUUCAUAUCCGCCAAAGACGCAAUCGAAAAGAGUCAUCUUGAACCUGAUCAGUGCUUGAAUCGAACUCAGACCAGAUCAAUCAUUCAUUAUCCCACACGUCGUUCAUAUCCAAUCUACAACUCACAAUCUACAAUCUACAAUCAUGGCAUUCAACGGUCCUAUCAAUGAGCCUUACCCAAUGCCCAGUGCGGCAGAUACCGCUACUGUGUCGCAUGUUCAGAAAGGCUUCAAAAUCAGUGCACGUAAACUCCCAAUCUCGAAAUCAGGUCCAAUAGAUCAGAUGUCAGAGAAGCUCGGCAUACCAGUUCCAGAGAUGAUCUUUGGUGAUAAUAUGGUUGCGAUCGAGCACGUAGCGAGUGGAUGGCGCAUGGAAUUUAAUGCAUACGAUGCUCUGGAUCGCGUGGACAAGACGGACAAAAAUAUGUUACAAGUAGCCUAUUCAAAAGAGUGGUCAAGUAGCAGGGAAAAAACCCAUGAAGGCAUCAAAGAAAUCGUUAAGCCUUUCGACUGGUCAUAUACAACAGAUUACAAAGGCACUAUCACCAACGGGAAAUUGUUUACGUUGGAUAACUCCGAUCCGAUACCUAUUGCCCUUCUUAAGCGUCAAGAUCCCAUUCUGUUUUUCGAAGAAGUUGUUUUAUAUGAGAGUGAGCUAGACGACAACGGAAUAUCUGUGUUUUCUUGCAAAUUGCGGGUUAUGCCUGACCGAAUGCUUCUCUUGUGCAGAUUGUUCAUGAGACUCGAUAAUGUUCUUGUUAGGAUCAGAGAUACUAGGAUCUAUGUCGAUUUCAACACAAGCAAGGUAAUUCGCGACUAUACCGAGAGAGAAGAUACAUUUGACACUGUCAAAAAAAAUCUUCUUUACUCUGGUAGACUCCCGGACGAUCUUACUAUAGCCAUGCGUGAUCCAAAUCAGAUUGCCCACCUAGUACCUGAAGCUACCCAUACGAUCGAGAAUCUGACGCUUCCUUAAGCUCUACCCCAAAUAUAGAUUCGCAUACUAUUUGAAAAUAAGAUAGAUAGAAUGAGGACCUCAGGUCGCAACUCAUUGGCGUCAUAGUGCAAAAGAUGAACUAACAUGAUACCAAAAUCACAAUGCUAUCUUGCUGGGGAAGACCGCAGCCUAUAAAAUCAUAGGUGUAACUCACAGUUGCCGUAAGUGGACAAAAUCGAAGGUUCUGGAAAUCGGAGACCAUCCAAGAAUCGCUGUCGAUGAUUUGGUCAUAACUUUUUGGAAACAGGCGUAUAACUAAUGAUUUCUGUUGCGUUAGAAGACUGGGCAUAAAGUUUCUAAGAAAAGGAUGUACAUCUCUCGGAGCUCAGAAUAGUCAAUUGCACAAGGCAGAGGUUAACCUGAAUGAACGCAAUACGUACACUUAUCAAAGUUUAUGUUUCUUACCAUUUCAAUCUUCAUUCAAAACUUGAUAUCAAUGAAGUAUUAACCUAAUAUUCAAAUUCUAUUUCCAGGCGAAUUGAACUUCGAGAACCACAGGCAAUGGCAGCAUAAUAGCGUCACAUCCUGCCUCGAAAGAAUCGGUAAAUUGUCCUGCUCUAUGCAAUGACAGAUAAAGGUAUGGAACGCGGUCAAUACUUUCCAUGCUUUGUUGUCAGUAGAUCCAAGUAUAUGCCAUCAUUCCCACCUGCAAGAAUUCAGCACCAGUGUGCUUCAUAUUCAAACAUUUCUUUUAUGCUUGUGGUAACAUUUCACAUUUUUACAUGCUCCGCAUCUACUCUACCUGUACCUACGAGGUUAUCUACACAAUAAAUGGGAUUUGACCAUGGCUACGGAGCGGACAUAGAGUUGCUGCACAGAAGAUCCCGAAACUCUAUGAUAUCAAGAGCACAAGGACCAUCACUGGAUUGCGAGAUGAAUAUAAGUAUAGAGGAUGUGAGCGUCAAGAGCUCGACACGAUGAGAGCAUCUUUAUAUAUAUAUAUAUAUCGAGAACAACUACAAUUCCUAAGAAAACAUAUAUCAAUUCACCAAUAUUUUAUAUCUACUUACUCAAAUAUCUCAUCGUUCAUGGUCACAGUAUUUUCUCGAAGUUAUUCUGCCGCCAAGAAUGAUGAUAUAGUUGAAACUUUUGUCGGAGCCUAUUCCAUGGUACACAGUACCCAAUGAGGAGACCAUCACUGGACU